AGAAUAGUUAAUAUCAUUAAAACUGAAGACGAUGUUCACCUAGUGCAUAGGGAAAUGGCAAAUGGAAAACAAGCAAAAUCUGUUCAGGUCGCUGAAUGGAUGGGACGCCGAGAGGCCUGGUCCGCCGAGAAACCAACAGAUUCGCGAACGAGACCAACACACUGGGAGUUCCACAAUGGACGCGACCACUUUAACGAAAACGACAUUCAGGCAGCGUUGAACAACAAUGAGGGAAAUCGCCGUAAGCGUUCAGCAGAAGAGCAACGAAGGCAUGUGAAUAUAAAUUUCCUUUUUAUCCUUGUAUUCAAUCAAAAUAUCUGCAUCGUCUAUUAUUGAAAUUGAAGAAUAACUUUUCAUUAUGAGAAUUGAUAUAUAUAUAAGUUCGUUACAACAGUUAAAUUAAUCAAAAUAUUACAUUCGCUAAAACAUGGAUGUUAGUCGUACAUUAAAAAUAAUAUUAGUUGCCUUCGAAUCGCUAAGCGUUACUCACAAGCAAAUCGUACAAACGAUACCACAUACAAACGGGAAGCCAUUGGGGUACAGUGUUAUGAUUCUUUAUUAGAGGAGAAAUUUUUUUUUCUCGCCAGACCUUAACUCACAGGUGGUUACUAACUAGACAUUGUGAAAACGAAAAGUCUUAUGUUUUAACAACACUAGGAAAAAAUAAUUUCUUAUUUUAUUUUGUCAUUUGAACCAUUCACAAUAAUAAAACUGAUGUAAAAUUU